AUGUAUUUUAAAAUUAAAUUUAGCUUAUACUUUAAAAUCUUAUUGGCUUUAAUAGUAUGUCUAUUAAUUUCUGGACAUAAAGCAAACAUACUUAAUUUGUACGAAGGUGACGUAUGUCAGGCAGGAAGGGGCAGUUCUAAAAACCAUGUCUGCAAACAACCAGAAAAUUGUUCGUCGUUAGAACAGCAAAUUCGAAGUCAGAAUUUUCCGCAGGUAUGUUCGUUUUCUAAAAACAAGCCAAUAGUCUGCUGUUCACCAACAGUAACAACCAACAUCACAAAUUUCAAGCCGGCUUUGAGCACCUCCAAUGCUACAUCAGCAUACUCUGCCACUGAAAUGUGUCGUCAGUACUCGGAGCUGGUGUACACAAACGUACGACAACCCUCGUCUGGAGGGGGACAGCCGUCGAAAACUCUUAACUGCUACAACGUGUUGACAUUGAUCGUCGGGGGCACGAAGGCCAAGCCGAAGGAAUUUCCGCACAUGGCGCUAUUAGGUUACGGGGACAUCGCGGACGAACAGAAGUUGUGGGGCUGCGGAGGUUCUUUGAUAAGCAACAAGUGGAUCCUGAGCGCGGCUCACUGCACCGUAAAUUCUGGACGUACGGUGAGCUGGGCACGCCUGGGCGAUUUGAACAUCUAUUCGGAACCCGACGACGCCAGACCUGUCGACUACAAAAUCGUGGAGCGCGUGGUGCACCCCAACUACAAUUCGACUUACGUGUACAAUGACAUAGCGCUGUUCCGUCUAGAGGAGGAAGUCAAGUUUUCGGCGCACGUGCGACCCGUGUGCCUAAACACGGUCCAGAAGCUAAGCUUCAAGGUGGCCACGGCCACCGGCUGGGGUCGGACCUCGACCAAUGGUCCGAUCAGUCCCGACCUGUUGAAAGUGGACCUGUCUCCGAUAUCGAUCGAUCAUUGUAAGUAUAGUUAUCCUCAGAGUUCCAAUCCGAGAAUAAACUUCGGGAUAAUGGAAGACAGCAUGAUAUGUGCGGGCGACAUCAGAAACGGAAGCGACACGUGUACGGGCGAUUCUGGAGGCCCACUACAAGUACACCACCCCAACUACUCGUGUAUGUCUAGUCAAAUCGGUAUAACGUCGUUCGGGAAAUAUUGCGGCAAUAGGGACACGCCAGGCGUGUACACCAGAGUGUCCAAUUACGUACCAUGGAUCGAACGGAUCGUCUGGCCGAAAAGUUGA